AAGAAUAACAAACCAACCUCACCUCAAUUAUUAUUUUCGUUCAAGGUGGAGCGAUGUUUAAAAUAGUAAGGAUUUUUCCUAAAAGGCAGAUUUUAAAUCCAUUUGGAUACUCUAAACACCACUCGUUAAGAACUUUCUUAAGUCCGGCGUAUUACUGUAACGAAGUAUGGGAACACCGCCUUCAGAAUCCUAUUUUACAGAAGGUAGUUGCCGAAGAUUUGUAUCACGAUUUAGACCACAGAUAUCAGCGAACUAAACAGAUAAGUGCUAUAGAUGUUGAUAUUUUUGUUAAUUCGAUCCCUAGCGACGUAUAUGUCGACGAAAUGCUCGAUUUAGUUCAUAAAUUGAGGCUCACAGCGGACAGCUCGAACACGCUCGAUUCCACCAGCCAUGCCAUCGUACGUAAUCUUUUAAAGUUUGACCGAGUUCAGGAUCUUAUAAUUGCUCUAGACGACCGUUUGAAUUAUGGUUUAUUCAUAGACAAUUACACGGGAAACUUGUUAAUGGACACUUUCUGGAAAUCGAAGCAGUACGCUAAUGGAGCACUAAUAGCCAGUUUGUUUAUGUUACAGGAAGAGUUUGAGCACCCCCUUGUAUGCGCUUUUAGUUUACUACAUUGUUACAACUAUCUGUUAAAUCCGGAAGGCUGGAUCGAACCGACAGUACCGGAAGAGCCUGAGGAAGAAGUAAAAGUUCGAGUUAAAUAUUUGAGAAAUCCUUAUGAUGAUGAGCAUUUCGAUUUAAAAGACCCACAAAAAAUAGUUGGAAAAACCUUAGCAAUGAUCAGUAAAAAAGAAAACGACCCUCUUCAUCAAAGUUUUUAUAUUCUCGGUAUGGCCUUAUUUGGAAAAAAAGAUCUUGUUAAUUCAAAAUGUUCAGAUGUAAAAACUCCUCUAUAUAAAGAAAUAUUAGAUCUAGUUCCCAACGAUAAUGAAUUAAAAAGUACAGUAAAUGAAUUACAAACUGAAUCUGUUAAUGUUCCAAAACUAUUAAUUGAAAAUGUUAAUAAAGCAUACCAGCAAACAUCCGAAAGUGAUAUAAGUGAGCAGUGCAAAGUCUUCAAAGCGUGGGAAGAGGAACGAGCCAAGGCUAUCGAGGAACAAACUGUUAGGUUAACCACAGCAAAGAGGCUUAAAAAUAUUCAAGAUCUUAAGAAAGCGAUGGAACGAAAAGAGGAAAAAUUGUGGUUCUUCGAUAACGAAGAGAAAAUUGACCUUGCAAUUGAUAAGAAGACAAUAUUCUAUCCAAAGAGGUAUUUUGGUCCCAAAAAGAAGCCUAAGAAGAUUGAUGAGAGCUAUGUACCUCCCGAUGUUCACACUAAACCAACUGGUGGUUCUCAGUUAUCAUAAAUAUAUUUAUUGUAAAAUUGUUUUGUACAUGUUUGUUUAAAUAAAAAAAAAUAGAAAGUUAUUAAUAUUAA